AUGGAUCGUGAGCCGUUGGCCGGUCAUGUGACCGUCGUGGAAGGUGGCCAUCUUCCCGAGGGAGAUUGUGUGUUGAUGAGACCAUUUGACUCAAACAAGACUCCAUAUGUGGCCAAAGUGGAGAACAUCGAAGCUGAUCAUAGGAACAAUGUGAAAGUAUGGGUCAGGUGGUACUACCGCCCUGAGGAAUCCAUCAGGGGUCGCAGAGUGCUAACACUUCCCCAAGGAAAGUGCAUUGUACAUUCCUUCAAGAACUACACAAAGCUUGAAAAUGCCGGCAUAGAUGACUACUUUUGUAGGUUUGAGUACAAGGCUGCAACUGGAGGGUUUACUCCUGACCGUGUGGCUGUGUGA